CCGGAGGGGCGAAAGAUGGCGGCGCCUUGCCUCCCCACGCCAUUGCACAGGCAUGUGGGCCGUGGCGCCUUCAGCGACGUGUACGAGCCCGCGGAGGACACAUUCCUGCUGCUGGACGCGCUCGAGGCGGCGGCAGCCGAACUCACGGGAGUGGAAAUAUGCCUUGAAGUAGGGUCAGGGUCUGGAGUGGUAUCUGCAUUCCUAGCCUCUAUGAUAGGUCCUCAAGCUUUGUACAUGUGCACUGAUGUCAACCCUGAGGCGGCAGCGUGUACCCUGGAGACAGCACGCUGUAACAACGUCCACAUUCAACCAGUAAUUACGGAUUUGGUCAAAGGCUUGCUACCAAGAUUGAAGGAAAAAGUUGAUCUUCUGGUGUUUAAUCCUCCCUAUGUAGUGACUCCACCUGAAGAGGUAAGGAGUCACGGGAUAGAGGCAGCUUGGGCUGGUGGCAGAAAUGGUCGUGAAGUCAUGGACAGAUUGUUUCCACUGGCUCCAGAGCUCCUUUCACCAAGAGGAUUGUUCUAUUUAGUCACCAUUAAAGAAAACAAUCCAGAAGAAAUUUUGGAAAUAAUGAAGACAAAAGGUCUACAAGGGACCACUGCACUUUCCAGGCAAGCAGGCCAAGAAAUCCUUUCAGUCCUCAAGUUCACCAAGUCCUAAUCUACAGUGUGUGCUACUGAAAGCUGCAUGCAUUUGGCAUAUUUUGAAACAGAAGUCAUUUCUUAGUUAACAAGUAAAGUCAGAAAUUUGUCAUAUAGAAAAAGGCAUAAGAGUAAGGCAUUUCCUUUUACCCAGGAAUCAGGCCUACAGAAAUAUUUGCACAAAUGCAAGUAAAUAUGUAUAAUAUAUAUAUAAUUUGAAUUUUAUAUAUUAUAUAAUAUGUGGCGAAUAUAUAAUAAAAAAUUAUAUUUGUAUAUGAAGAGGAUGUUCAUUUCAGCAUUACUUGUAAUGGCAAAACAAUGAAGUUAACCUAAAUGUCCAUCAGCAAAGGGAUUGGUAAAAUAAAUUACAGUAUAUUCAUGUUACUGAACAUGAGUGACAUAUCCAGCCAUUAAACACAAGUCAGUUCUGUAUAUACUGAACCAGAAGGGGUUCAUGAUGUACUAUUGAGUAGUGAAAAAACUCAAGUUGCAAAAUAGUACUAACCUAUAUGUAUAUUUUUGAAAAGCUAACAACAAAAGUUUGUGUGUAUGUGUAUAUAAGAAAUUCUCAAAAGGUAAAUAACAGGUGGGAAUAGAGGAACUUUCAUUCUUUUGUGUUGGCGUUUGUACAA